AUGGCUAUCUAUACAGCGCCAGUCAAAUCACUCGCAAACCAAAAAUACUCCGAAAUUUGUGAAAAAUUUCCAAGUGUCGGUUUAAUUACAGGAGAUGUAUCUACAAAUCCAACAGCAGAUGUAAUUAUCAUGACAGCAGAAGUACUUAGGAAUCAUUUAAUGUCAAAUUCAUCAUUACUAUCUCGUGCAAAACAUAUAAUUUUGGAUGAAGCUCAUUAUCUUGGCGAUCCGCAACGUGGAUAUGUUUGGGAAGAGAUAAUUAUAUCAUUUCAGAAGCAAAUGAGAUUUGUUCUCCUUAGUGCUACACUUCCAAACGGAAAUGAGCUUUCUCAGUGGCUUUCAAACACAACAAACGUCGAAACGCAUACAAUUACGCAAUACCACAGACCAGUUCCAUUACGAAUUAACGCUGUUUCCGAAUCUCACGAUAUAGACGCAAUUAAAGAAGGAGACAACCCUCCAAACAUGCUCUUAAUAUCCGAAAUAUGCAAACAGAAUGGAAUUUUAGGUGCUCCUUCCACAAAAUACAUACUUCCAAAAGAUCCACCUUUUUAUACAAUUGCUUCAUAUGCAAAUGACGUUGUUAAGCUUGGAUAUACACCGCUAAUUGUUUUUUGCCUAUCCAGAUUCCGCUGUGUCCAAGUUUCAAAGCAAAUUUCUGGAAGACAAUCAAAUCAAGCGUUAGACAUCUUCGAAGCGGCCUCACAAGACUGGGACGCCUCCAUUAAAUCGAGUGACCAAUACGCUCUCGUACAUGAUCUUAUCCAGAAAGGAGUUGGAAUCCAUCAUUCCGGAAUUAUCCCGAUUUUGAGAGAAACCGUCGAACUUUUGUUCUCAAAAGGAUUAUUAGUGGUCUUAGUUGCCACUGAGACAUUUGCACUGGGUGUCAACUCUCCAGCACGUGCUGUUAUGCUUUCUUCGCUUGUUAAGUGGGGAGGAACAAGUUUUAGGUCAAUUUCUUCAUCUGAAUUUUCACAAAUGGCAGGAAGAGCUGGAAGAAGAGGUUUUGAUACUCAUGGAGAUGUUUUCAUAUAUCUGACCACUGGAACUUCCCCUGAAUUCGUUAGUUCUGUAAUUGAAAAGAAAUCUGAGGUCUUAAAAUCGCAAAUGAGAGUUACAUCAUCACUAGUCUUGAGCUGUGUAUCAUGUAAUGUUGAUCCGUUUGCUUUUCUUAAGAGAAGUUUUUUGAGAUAUCAGAGAAAUUUAAGAUUAAUGGAAUUAAAGAGCAAAAAUCUUCCAGAAAUCACUGAAAAUGAGAAGAACAUAUAUGAUUAUGAGGUAUUAUUGAAUCAAAUUGCUCAAAUUGUUCUUCAUCCGAAAAAUUCCAGAAAGGUUUUAGUUCCAGGACGCUUAGUUUUCAUUGUUUCCAACGGCGUUUGCUGGGGAUGGUCGAGCAUUGUCAAUUUAGACUCAAGAGGCAAAGAUGUUGAAGUUAUUGUUUCCGCAGUUAAAGAUAAGAACGGACAAUACGUUCCUUCAUCGAAAGUGGAAGUCGCAUGCUUACUUGAUGUCACAUUCCCAAUCGAAACCAUCAAAAUGAUCUCUUCUUUGACAAUCCAAAAUCCGAAGACAGAUAUCGGAAUGGCCAGAGCCUCAUCCUUGCUUGGAAUACUCGACAGAGUCUAUAAAUCAUAUAAUAACCAAGUUCCUUUGAUCAGUUCUAACUUAGUUACCUUUGGAAAAGAGAAAUUAACAAAAUUAUGCAAAGAUUCAGAAGAAAUUAAGAAGAAACUGACGAAAGAAGAGCUCAAAACCAUUUAUACAGGUGAGUCAGCAGCAGAAGUCGUUAUAAACAUCAAAGCGGAGAUAACAACACUAGAAAAUCCGCAAGAAGAAAACCAAAUUGAGAAAAUUAAAAAAUCUCUUAUCAAUUUAGGUUUCAUUAAUAACGACAAUCUUCUUGAAUUAAAGGGAAGAGUUGCAAGACUCAUCAAACUUGAAGAUCCUGUGUGUUUAACUGAGUUAUUAUUCAGCGCAUUCUUUUUCGGAAUGCAGCCAAACAUGAUAUGUGUUGUUACAUCAUGUUUCGUUGAAUCUCCUCCGAAGUUCAAGUGUUCAAUGACUCCUUUGACAACAGAAACAUGGAAUAAUUUGAAGAAAUCACUAAAAAAGAUCGAAGACAUUGGUUUGUUCACUAUGCCACAUAAGAAACUCAUGGGAUUCGCUCACACAUUCAUUUCUAAUGGAUCAAUAACAAGCGCUGUUAAGGAAACAGCUGGAAUUAGUGAAGGAAUGGCUGUGAGAAUUGCAAAAAGAAUGCAUGAGAUAAUUCACAUGUUGGUUGAGGCUGCAAAACUGAUUGGAACACCUGAGCUUGUUGAGGCUUUCGAUGGAGCAAUGGAAGUGAUUACAAAUAUCACAAAACUUGAUGCUUCCCUUUAUAAGUUAGAUUAG